ACCGCAAACAUGCAGAUCUUCGUGAAGACCCUGACGGGCAAGACUAUCACCCUCGAGGUGGAGUCCUCUGACACCAUCGACAACGUCAAGUCCAAGAUUCAGGACAAGGAGGGCAUUCCCCCAGACCAACAGCGUCUGAUCUUCGCCGGAAAGCAACUCGAGGAUGGCCGCACCCUGGCCGACUACAACAUCCAGAAGGAGUCGACACUCCACCUUGUACUCCGUCUCCGUGGUGGUAUCAUUGAGCCCUCGCUCAAGGCCCUUGCCUCCAAGUACAACUGCGACAAGAUGAUCUGCCGCAAGUGCUACGCACGCCUACCACCGAGGGCUGUCAACUGCCGCAAGAAGAAGUGCGGCCACACCAACCAGCUCCGCCCCAAGAAGAAGCUCAAAUAG